AUGGUAGCCACUACAGACGAAACCAAUUUACUACGACUUCUAAAUAGCUGCGAAAAGAAACUAAAUCAAGAACAAGUGGAUCUUUGGACUGGGUCAGAAAAACGGAAAUAUGCAUCGUAUGUCAAAUAUUUGGAUUUCCUUCAAAACAGAAUCCCAUCCACUUCAAGAUCUAGGUAA